AUGAGGUUUUGGCGGGGUCAGACGAGGGAGGUGGAGCGCCGCAGGGCCGCCGGGCUGCCCGCCGUGGACGAGAUGCAGCGCUUCCGCCUGCUUGUGUGCUGCCUGUUCUGCAGCAUUUGCACCUCCCUUGUCUACGCCUUUGACCUCUUCACGACGCAGUUCGUGGAGCGCUUUCACCUCAGCGUCGGCGACCAGUCCACGAUCAGCACGGUGGGGCUGGCGUUCUGCUACUUCACGCUGCCGUACGGCUUCCUGUUCGACUACGCCGGCCCCUUUCCCCUGAUACUCAUCUGCCUUGUCACAGGCGGGCUCGGGGCGCUGCUGCUUGGCCUGACGUUCGACGGAUUCAUCCCGGGAAGUGUGACCAACAUCUCUGUGUUCUACGCCAUGAUGAACACCUGCGCCGGCCUUCUUGACGUGGCCUACGUUGUGACCUUGGCGGAGGCCUUCCCGCGCAACCUCGGCCCCGUCCUUGCGCUUGCAAAGGUGCUGGCCGGGCUUGGCUCCUCCGUGCUCGCCUCCGUGAGCGUGAACCUCUUCGGCGACAACAUCUCCGGCUUCAUUUACGCCAUCAUGGCGUACUCCGUCGUGGUGUGCGGCGUGGCGGCCUUCGUGGUGGUCCUGCCGCCGUACUUCGUCAACGGGUGGCGGCGCCGCGGCAAGAGCGUGGAGCAGCUCGCCGCGAUGAGGGCCCUGGAGCCCGCGUACCGCCGCAAGUUCGUCCCGGUGCGUCGCCUGGGCGUCGGCUACGCCGUUGUGGCCCUGCUGCUGGUCUUCUUCACCGUACAGGCCCCCGUGGUGAGCUACACGAAGGUGUCGAGGGGGGCUUCCGUCGCCCUCGGCGUCGUCACGAUUGCGCUCGUGCUGUGCUUCUUCCUGAUGCUGCUGCCUGUGCGGUGGCUGGGCGGCAUGGACAGCGACGCUGAGGAGGAGCCCGUGCGGCUCGAUUCUGCGGAGGAGGGGGCGUUGGCUGGUCGGGGCAAUAAGGCGAGCCCCGACCCUGCGGACACGCCGGACGGGGCCGCAAGUGUGUCUGACGUCGACUCAGGGAUCCCGCAGGAUCCCCGCUACGGCGGCUCCGUGUGGGACAACCUGAAGCGGGCGGACAUUUGGCUGAUAUUCAUCGCGUUCAUCUGCCAUAGCGCCAUGGGUGUUAUUGUGGUUUACAACGCAAGCACCAUCUCCGUGGCGUUGACUGGGCAUAAGCGGAGCCAGCAGACCUCCGCCCUGUACACCGCGUUUCUCGGCGUGUCCAGCAGCGUUGGGCGGAUGGCCAUGGGAAUGUUCGAGGCCUUUGUGCAGCAUCAGCCCCCCGACAACCGCCGGUUCCUGGUGACGCUCGCGUUGCCCCUCGCACCGCUCCUUGCUGCCGUUGCCGGCCUCUUGUUCCUAACGAUCCCGGGUGAGGCCAUCCUGCUCCCGUACAUCAUCGUGUACUUUCAACAAGGCCUUUUCACUGCUGUUGCUGCCGUCAUUUUCCCGUCGCUCUUUGCGAGCGAUCAUGGCGUGUACUACAAUGUUGGCUUUCUGACCUCCGUGCUUUCCGUCAUCGGAUUCAACCGCUUUCUCUUCGGCUACGUGGUGGACGCGAAGCACGCUAGCUUGGGGUUUGGCCCAGAGGAGGAGUGCACCGUGGCGGAGUGCGUGCGCCUGCCGCUCAUCGUCGCCACCUGUGUGGCGGCUGUGGGGGCCGCAUUUGCGUUUCUUGUGCACAUCCGCUACAGCCGCUUUGUUCGCGAGGUGCGUCGUGAGGCGGAGGAGAUGGAUUGA